AUGCGUCAAAUCGAUCAGCAUGCCUCUUCGGAGCCUCUGAGCGCUCUCGCUCGAAUCGCUGCUCAAAAGAGCACGCUAGAGGUGGAAGCGGGCAACGCAGCAGCAAAUGCCCUCAUCGGUCUCACCGAAGCUCACCCUCCAGCGGCAGCCGCGCUGACGGGUGUAGCCAGGUUGGACUUGGAGCGGGCACUCCACGCAGGCAAGACCGGCGGCGCGGGCAAAAGGGCAAGCAAGAAGACCAAGUCGAGGCUAGACCCGGCCAGCGUGGGGCCUGAUCCAUCUGCUCAAGAUGCGCAGAGCAACUUGAAUGCUCUCGAAUGUGCGGUACGCCUGUUGCAAAGUGCUUUGGAUCGUGCGAGGACUCGAGCGAGCGGCGGCGAAGACGAGCAGACCACCAACGUGGUGCACUUGGGCUUGUUGAGCCUUGGCGUGCUCAGGAACAUCAAUGCAGCGCUUCCAGCAGAACUAGCAAAUCAUGUGCGCAUCUCAACCACCCACUUGCAAGCCUAUGAGCUACAACAUGCAUUGCCUUGCUUGACGGACGUCUUGUCCUUGUACGGGGCCGAAUGGCAGUGGACCGAGGAUCUUGGAGCUGUACAGCGCGAGGAGAGCGCCACAUCCUCAGGAGCUGCUCAAAAGCCUGCAGAUGUCGACAUGGAGGGAAGCGAGAGCGCAGAUGCAGGACACAUUCCCGGCGCAGCCACAGCUAACGGAAGCGACUUGCUUGCAGACGAAGAGGGCCAGACGACGACCAAAGCUGGACAAGCGGCGGAGGACAGGCUUGGCAUCCUGCAGCUCUCGCUCGAGAUCAUCGCUGAACUUUUGGGCAGCGUGUCUAGUUCGGGCUUGAGCGACGCCGUGCAGGAUCGCGCUCCAGACGCUGACGCAGACGCAGACGCAGCAAUGGUAGACGAUGAGGAUGCGCAAUCGGACGAGUUGGAAAUUUUUGAUGCCCUUGAUGAGGACGAAGAGGAGGUGGCUGCAGAGGCAAGAAUCACUUCUUCAUGGGAUGGCAAGUCAUUCUCAAGCCAUCCAGCAGCUAGAAUCAUCGACUCUUCCCUGUCCGUCAACCUGGUCGGAAUGGCAACGCAAUGCUACGCUGCCGCCUCGCAGUGCCAGCCAGAAGCGAGCGCCAGGAUGGAAGGCCUGCUGGGUCUAUCUAGUCGCGCCUUGUCCGUGGUGUCGAACCUGUUCGACGGAGUCGCGCCGUUUGCUCCUCUGCCACCAUCCAGUCCAGAGGCGCCUGAGCACAUGAGUAGAUGGAGGCAGGUAUUUGCGCAAUGGAGGACCACAAGCAAACCUCUUUUGCAGACGUGGUGCGACUCCUUUGACCUCUUGCAAGCAGUCUUGAGCGCCUCUACCAAGGACCAGCUCGAGAUUACGAGCGCAUGUCUGCUGGUCCUCUACACGCUUGCCAAACUGCACGAAGGGGCAGACUUGCCGCUCGCAUGGCAUGAUCAACAGCCAAACGCUGUCCUUGUAUGCCUCUCCGGCAUCGCUUCCAGUGCCACGUCGCAGUCGGUAGCCGACGACGACGACGCUUCCCGCGCGAAAUCCCUUGGCAUCCUGAGCAUCAUUGCGCGCAGUCCAUCCUUGGAAAUGUCGCUCCGGGGCGAAAUUGCGCAGGGUGUACUGCAGAUUCUCGAAUCGGUCCUCGCCCCCGACAGGUCCAUCGGUCCCAAUACGCUCGUCGCUGCGACCAAUGCCAUCAUCGACACGUUUGCAGACGAGACUAGCCCUUACGACGAGCCCGUCUUUCGCCAGCAGGCAUUCUUGCCGCGCUUGAGAAAGGUGGUGGGACCCGUCAAAAGUCUUGUGAGUGGCGCGGUCGGCAGGCGUCCCGGGCAAUGCCGCAACUCUGCUGACAUGGAAUCCCGUGCCCCCAACUCGCAGGCCAAGACCAUCGACAAGCGAACCGAUGGCGCGCUGAGAGCGUUGGCGGAUGAGAGCACUACGAACCUCCGAGCAUUUGUAGAGUAUCGCAAUGGGCUCGGGUACUGA